ACAUUAUAUUGGAAUACCUUAGAUAUUACUUACUUAGUCGUCUUUCGGACUGCAUUUAGAAAUCUGGAACAACUUAGGAUUUUUUCAAAAUAAAGUGUGCUGUGGUAGUUACAAUAGUUGGUAGUUAAUUCACUAAAAUAAAAUUUUUGUGUUAUUGCUAUUCAAGUACUAAAAAGAUUUGAAGGAAAAAUAAAAGGACAAAAAUCAAUAGGAGAGGCGAGAUAAAUUCAAGCAAAUGGAUAGCAGAUCUCAGGCACUUUCUACAAUUUUGACCGACAAAGAACAUGAGAGUUCGCAUUCUGACAAGACAAGAAAAAAAAAUCAGGAGGCAUCAGCUGGCACUUCCGAUACGGAAAAAAUGAGACAGAUGAGCACAGAAAGCAAUGAUUUCACAAACAAUAGUCAACAAAAUAUCGACGAUUCUCGCAGUUUAAAAAACAGUGAAGAAGAUUCAAGUUCAAUAACUUCUACAAUGGAAAAUCUCAUGCAUGCAGAUCAAAUGUUUGAUUCCGCAAAGUCAAGGAAGGAAGUUAGAGAAAUGGCUAUUCAGAAGAUGAAACAAAUUGGCUACGCAGUAAUGAUUGCGAAAGCAAGAAAGUUUGCGAAGAAAUAUGCUGCUUCAGCACCUUACCAUUUAUUUUUCACGAGAGUCAAAAAUUCCAACGAGACUCAUAAUCAACGGUUCUCCAUAACUUUUUCUGAGAUUCUCGACCGUAGUCUUGGAGAAAUUGUUAACAGUCUUCAUUUAACUUUUAUGGUAGAUGUCACAUGGUUGUAUUUGCAGUAUUUGUUGGCUGGCCAACGUACCGACAUGACAAUUCUGUGCAAACAUAGAAUAUGUCAUGAAGAAUUAAAUAUAUGUCAUGAAAACGUUAUAAUAGAGAUAGUCGGCCAGCUCGAUCAAUAUUCUAGUCAUCAUGCGAACAUCAUGAUCUUGCAAUAUAAAAAUGGGAUUAGGGUGAUUGUCUCUACUGCUGGCUUGUAUUCUAUCGAUUGGGAAAACAGGACACAAGGAUUGUGGAUCUCGCCUCAUCUGCCUUACCUGCCAGAAUCCGCAAAGCCAAGUGAUGGGGAAUCUCCAACGGGUUUUAAAAAGGAUCUCGAGCGUUAUCUGAGUAAAUAUAAGCAACCGGCUUUAACGCAGUGGAUACGUGCAGUGCAGAUGGCGGAUUUUUCUGAUGUAAAUGUAUUUCUCGUCGCUUCUGUUCCCGGAAUUUAUAAAGCUGACGAAGCCGACUUUUGGGGAUACAGGAAAUUGGCACACGUUCUAUCGCGUUAUGCCACGCUGCCGCGAAAUGAACAGUGGCCUAUAGUCGCACAAAGUUCUGGUGUAGGCUGCUUUGGUUUGUUCAAAAAUUGGUUGUUGAAAGACAUAAUUUGGAGUAUGUCGGAGAUGACUUCUAAAGCUUCAAAGAAUCAUCCACAAUUUCAGUUUAUUUAUCCGUCAAUAGAGAAUUAUAAGCAAAGCUUUGAUUAUCAAUGUUUAAUUACUCCUUUGACGUACAGUGCAGAAAAUCAUUCUAAACAACAGUGGCUAGAAUCAUAUUUAUAUCAAUGGAAAGCUACGCGAACAGGACGAGAUCGUGCGAUGCCUAAUAUUAAAUCCUACACAAGGAUUUCUCCUGAUUUGAAAAAAAUUCCCUGGUUUUUGCUUACCAGCGCAAAUCUGAGUAAAGCCGCAUGGGGAUCAACCAAACAAUACAAAGGUUAUAGUAUAGGAAACUACGAGGCCGGCGUCCUAUUCAUACCAAAAUUUAUCACUGGGACAACAACAUUUCCUGUUGGGGAAGAAAAAAAUACAGGCGUUCCAGUAUUUCCGAUUCCAUACGAUCUUCCAUUAACGCAAUAUGAAUCGGAUGAUAGUCCUUUCGUCGACGAAUUUGUCUAGACUGAAUGUAAUAUUUCAAAUCAUGAUGCUAGUGUUCUUUAUCCGUUUUAAAUGAGGGUGAAAUAUUUUUACAUCCAUGUUUGUAUUGUACAUUAUUAGCUGAAGGAAUGGGGCGCCGAUAAAUCAAUUUAUUCUUAUAUUUCAUAUUGUAAUAAGGAUUGGGAACGUUAC